CUAAGGAGUUAGUUGAUCACAUGAGGCAGGCACUUUUGGGAAAUUUCCCCGCAAGAGACAACCGGAGCAACAAAACUGCGGGCAACGGAAUUGGGCCAGACUCUCUCUCCCCCAAACAGAAGGACGGGCAACUUUGGAGUUCUCCAGCUGGAACUAACUACUAGUCUGACUAGUAGUAAGACUGACACUAAGUACUAAUUGUUCCCCCCGCUUUUCUUUUUCGCCCGCCUACUCGCUACUUGCUACUUGCUUGCUUUUCUCUUCCCCCGUCCCGCUCUGUUGGUCCAUGGGAAAAAGGGAAAGAAAGAAGAAGAAGAGCAAGGGCAGAAAAAGCCGAUGCAGUGAGCUCUGUAGCCAUCCUUUUUUUUUUUCUGCGCUUCUCCUUUUUGCGCCUCUUUUGUGUUGCCUUGCGAUCGUCUCCCGUUCAGCCUCCUUCGGCCUCCCUUCGUCUCUCUCACUCGCGCCCUUCCCUCUCUUCUCUCUUUUUUCCCCAGAUAAUCGCUCUCCGCCUCGGUUGUCGGGCCUAGUUGACUUUAGGGCGCUUUCGGGCCAGUCUCGCUGGCUGACCUCGCCUUUGCUCGCACCACUCUCACUCACUCAACUCACUCACUCAUAUCCUUCCCUCCCCAAGAGUUGUGUUGUUGUCGGUUCCCCACUGAGCUCUUUCGGAUGCUGCAGCUCACCUGCCAGCGGUCCCAACCGGUAUGCGAUCCCGCACAGGCUGGUACGUCCAAGAUCCAGACAUCACUACUCCCUCCCCAUGUCAUAUAUUGGGAGAUCGGGAACACCCGCCCCCCGACCUCCUAGCAACAAUCACCUUGUCCUUCUGCUUCUGUCAUAUCAUCCAGACACUGACUGUUUGGCCCUCUGCCACACUUCUCCGCAGCCUGACGUGUCGUACCCGGAAACUUAAAUGUAGGUCUACAACCUUACUUACCAUCCCUGCGCUGGGCGGAGAUUACAGAUACUAAGAAAAGCUGCUGGUUCUAGGUGACGAGCAGAAACCCGAAUGCUCGCAGUGUCGUAA